AUGCAUCACUUGAUCUUCAUCUCCAUUCUCAUUUUCUUCAAUGCAUUGAUUCUGCAUCCAAUAAAAGCAGAAACAAAUUCUUUUGGCUUCGAUCUUAUUCAUCGUGAUUCAAAAUUCUCUCCAUUUUAUAACCAAUCCCUGACUGACUCCGAGCUUUCAAGGAAAUCCUUUAUCCGUUCGCUCAAUCGCCUCAAUCAGUUCAAUUCAUCUAUGUAUAUAGAUGGAAAAUUUAUUGGCUCAUCUGAUUUAACCGAUCAGGGAGGUGACUAUCUCAUGACCACAUAUAUAGGUAAAGUAGAAGGGAAUCCAAUUAAACUAGUUGCUUACCCAAGCAUGUUAGAUUACUUUACUUGGGUACGAUGUGGCAGUCAAGAUCAAUCACUUUAUGAUCCAACAAAGUCAUCUACCUAUAAACCAGUUACCUAUGGCUCAGAAAUGUGCCAAGCUAUGAAACAUACGAAGGAAGGGGAAUCACAAGUGUGCAAAUACAAGUAUCGUUCUAGUGACGAUAAAUUCGAAUCCUCUGGAGUGUUGAGCACUGAGGCAUUCUACUUGAAUUCCCCUGAGAAAGAUGAAAAAUUUCCCGGUAUAGUGUUUGGAUGCGAUCACUCACAUGAAGAUGAUCUGGAGGAUGGUAUUCAAGCUGUUGUUGGUCUCGGUCAAGGGUCGAAAUUAUCCCUGGUUCAUCAGUUGGGAAGAAAAGUCGGUGGGAAAUUCUCCUAUUGCUUGGAACAGCAGUCAGUAACUCAUGCUAGUAAGAUUAGAUUCGGAUCAGAUAUUAUACUCUACAAUAGAGAAUUAGAAUAUAAAGCUAAAAUUACUUACGAUAAUCCCUAUCCCUUCUACUACGUCACUCUUGAAGCCAUUAGCAUUAAUCGCAAGAGAACAGAGAUACAUCGACCCAUGAGAGUCGACAUUCAGACAGCGAUAACAACGUUCCCUCCGAAAAUAUACGAACAACUCCUUGAUACGUUAACAAAAGCAGCUAGAGGUGAAACCCCAUUCAAACAUCAGGAAUACAACACUUGCUUCCACAAAAGUAGAUUUUCUCACGGAGUCCCCGAACUUAAAUUACAUUUCAAAGCAACCUUUGGAUCUAAAGCAAUCUUUCCUUUGGAUCCUCAUCACUUUCUUGUGUUUUUUGAUAAAAUCAUAUGCUUGACAAUAGUCCCAAAAGAGGGUGCGUUUUAUGUUUUGGGGAACAGGGCACAAGUAAACGUUCAGAUGAUAUUUGACCUAUCAAACCGUGUACUCACUUAUGCUCCACUUAACUGCAUCCAAUUUUCGGUUUAA